UGGUUAGUUUGCGGCCCUAUUUUACUCUGACAAAAGCCAAAAAUGCUCUGUCCAUAGUACACGCCAAACGUGUAUAUAUACCCCUCGAUCUUCAGACCAAAAUCCCACAUUGUCACUCUCGCUUCCUGCGCAGCUUUUCCCAGGGACAAAAUGAGUAGUUUAGUGGAGAGGCUUCGCGUGAGGUCGGAUCGCAAACCCGUUUACAACAUAGAUGAUUGGGACGACGGUGAGGAUCUUGAUCUGAAAAGACCUGGGUCGGGUUUGGAUCAGCAGAAGAUUGAGAAGAUAGUCAGAGAUGAUGCGAAAGAUGAUUUAUGUCAAACAUGCGGCGGAAGUGGAAAUCUUUUGGGCUGUGAAACAUGUACAUAUGCCUAUCAUCCUCGGUGUUUGGUUCCACCAUUGAAAGCUCCACUUCCUAGCAACUGGAGGUGCCCUGAAUGUGCUUGCCCUCUAAAUGAUAUUGAAAAGAUCUUAGACUGUGAAAUGCGCCCUACUGCUGCUGAUGAUAGUGAUGCCUCUAAGCAAAUAUUUAUGAAGCAAUACCUUGUCAAGUGGAAAGGACUAUCUUAUCUUCACUGCACAUGGGUGUCGGAGAAAGAGUUUGUUAAAGCUUACAAGGCACUUCCUCGGUUGAGGACUAAAGUAAACAACUUCCAUCGUCAAAUGUCAUCAAUUAAUAACUCCGAAGAUGAAUUUGUGGCUAUUCGUCCUGAAUGGACUACUGUUGACCGGAUUCUUGCUUGCAGGGGAGGAGAUGACGACGAGAAGGAGUAUCUUGUUAAAUGGAAGGAGCUUUCCUAUGAUGAAUGUUACUGGGAAUUUGAGUCUGAUAUAUCUUCAUUUCAACAAGAAAUUGAAAGAUUUUACAAAAUCCAGUCUAGGCGUAGAAAACAAUCUUCAAGUAAGCAGAAGAGCAACACUCGUGAUGCCACAGAAUCAAAAAAGAAACAGAAAGAAUUUCAACAGUUUGAACACAGUCCUGGAUUUCUUUCUGGAGGUUCACUCCAUCCAUAUCAGCUUGAAGGGCUGAACUUCCUACGCUUCUCUUGGUCCAAACAAACACAUGUGAUACUUGCAGAUGAAAUGGGCCUAGGCAAAACAAUACAGAGCAUUGCUUUUUUGGCAUCUCUUUUUGAAGAUAGUCUGUGUCCACAUAUAGUAGUAGCGCCACUCUCAACACUGCGUAACUGGGAACGCGAAUUUGCAUUAUGGGCACCUCAAAUGAAUGUUGUCAUGUACGUUGGCUCUGCCCAAGCUCGAGCCGUUAUUAGAGAACAUGAAUUUUACUUUCCCAAAAGGAAGAUGAAAAAGAAGAAUGGUCAAAGUGUUGGUGAAAGCAAGCAAGAUAGAAUAAAGUUUGAUGUCCUCCUAACAUCAUAUGAAGUUGUUAACUUAGACACAACAGCAUUGAAACCGAUACAGUGGGAAUGCAUGAUUGUUGACGAAGGUCAUCGUCUCAAGAAUAAGGAUUCAAAGUUGUUUUCUUCAUUGAAGCAGUACUCCAGUAAACACCGUGUCCUUUUGACUGGAACGCCUCUUCAGAACAAUCUGGAUGAACUUUUCAUGCUCAUGCACUUCCUUGAUGCUGGGAAGUUUGGUAGUUUAGAGGAAUUCCAGGAGGAGUUCAAGGAUAUUAAUCAAGAGGAGCAGAUAUCAAGGCUUCACAAGAUGUUGGCGCCCCAUCUGCUUAGAAGAGUGAAGAAAGAUGUCAUGAAGGAGCUACCACCUAAAAAAGAGCUUAUUUUACGUGUGGAUUUGAGUAGUAAGCAAAAAGAAUACUACAAGGCUAUUUUGACUCGCAACUAUGAGAUACUUACUCGAAAAGGUGGUGCUCAGAUUUCCCUUAUCAAUGUGGUUAUGGAACUGCGCAAGCUCUGUUGUCACCCUUAUAUGCUAGAAGGAGUAGAACCAGAGAUUGAGGACCCAAAUGAAUCCUUCAAACAACUACUGGAAUCUGCUGGGAAGUUGAAUCUGCUGGACAAAAUGAUGGUGAAGCUUAGGGAGCAGGGGCAUAGAGUUCUCAUAUACUCUCAGUUUCAGCAUAUGCUGGACUUGCUGGAAGAUUACUGUCGGUACAAAAAAUGGCAAUACGAAAGGAUUGAUGGAAAAGUUGGUGGGGCUGAAAGACAAAUUCGCAUAGACCGAUUUAAUGCCAAGAAUUCGUCCAGAUUUUGUUUUUUGCUAUCUACUAGAGCUGGUGGUUUGGGAAUAAACCUAGCAACAGCUGAUACCGUUAUUAUAUAUGACAGUGAUUGGAAUCCCCAUGCUGAUUUGCAAGCAAUGGCUAGAGCUCAUCGACUUGGGCAAACAAAUAAGGUAAUGAUUUUUAGGCUCAUAACUAGAGGAACCAUUGAAGAAAGAAUGAUGCAGAUGACAAAGAAGAAAAUGGUUUUAGAGCAUCUGGUUGUUGGGAGGCUGAAAGCACAAAACAUCAACCAGGAAGAAUUAGAUGACAUCAUCAGGUAUGGCUCAAAGGAACUAUUUGCUGAUGAGAAUGAUGAAGCGGGAAAAUCUCGGCAGAUUCAUUAUGAUGAUGCAGCCAUCAAUAGGUUACUUGAUCGUGAACAGGUUGGAGAUGAAGAGGCUAAUUUGGAUGAUGCAGAAGAAGAUGGAUUCUUGAAGGCUUUUAAGGUAGCAAAUUUUGAGUACAUCGAUGAAGUGCAAGCAGCAGCAGAGGAGCAAGCACGAAAGGCAUCAAUUGAAAAUACCACUACCUACUCAGAAAGAGCCAACUACUGGGAAGACUUGUUAAAAGACAAAUAUGAAGUUAAUAAAGUUGAGGAGUUCAAUGCUAUGGGCAAGGGAAAGAGAAGCCGUAAACAGAUGGUAUCUGUAGAAGAAGAUGAUCUUGCUGGUUUGGAAGAUGUAAGUUCUGACGGAGAGGACGAUAAUUAUGAAGCUGAGUUAACUGAUGGUGAAACAACUUCAACUGGACUUCCAACUGGGAGGAGGCCUUAUAGAAAGAAAGCCCGGGUGAAUAGUGCUGAACCUCUUCCCUUGAUGGAAGGUGAAGGGAGAUCGUUUAGAGUAUUGGGUUUUAAUCAAAACCAAAGAGCCGCAUUUGUGCAAAUUUUGAUGAGAUUUGGGGUUGGCCAGUAUGACUGGGCAGAGUUCACACCUCGCAUGAAGCAGAAGACUUACGAAGAAAUUAAAGAGUAUGGAACUCUUUUCCUGUCUCAUAUUGCUGAAGAUAUUACUGACUCACCAACCUUUUCAGAUGGUGUUCCCAAAGAAGGACUGAGAAUACUAGAUGUUCUUGUUAGGCUUGCAGAGUUAAUGAUGAUAAGGGAUAAAGUGAAGUUUGCAGCAGAAAACCCAAGCAGUCCCCUUUUUGCAGAUGACGUAGUAUCUCGUUUACCAACAUUGAAAAGUGGAAGGUUUUGGAAGGAGCACCAUGAUCUAUUACUACUGCGUGCAGUACUAAAGCAUGGCUACGGAAGAUGGCAAGCUAUUGUUGAUGACAAGGACCUGAGGGUUCAGGAGAUCAUAUGUCAGGAGCUCAAUCUUCCAUUCAUAACUCUGCCUGUGCCGGGAGCAUCUCAAGCACAAGAUGCUGCAAAUAUUGCUGCUACUGAAACACCUGCGAACCAGACUAAGGAAACAGGUGGUGGGACUGAUUUAGCAGCUGAAGCUGCACAGGGAGCACCAGAUGCUCCUAACCGAACACACUUAUAUCCAGAUUCUAAUACGUUGUAUCACUUUAGAGAAAUGCAGAGAAGACAGGUUGAGUUUGUCAAGAAAAGGGUGCUUCUUUUGGAGAAAGCACUAAAUGCAGAAUUACAAAAAGAAGCCUUUGGUCAGGAAAAUACAAAUGAGAAUGCUGGUGGCGAGCCGGAAGCUGAAGUGAGGAUUGUAGAUAUACCAAGUCCAUCUUCGGCAGAGAUUGAUGCGAAAACUAGUAAUCAUUUACCACAAGUAGAUGUGAUCACUCCAGAAGAAAUUUCAGUUGCCGUCUGUGAUGAUAACCCAGAUCGCGUGGAAAUGGCUCAGCUUUAUAACAAGAUGUGUAAGGUAGUGGGAGAAAACAAGGACUCAAUGGUGGAAAAUUUGGCAAAUGAACCAGCAAGUUUCCAGGAGAGGAAGAACCUCAUUCCACUUGAAACUAUUUGUAAUGGUAUAAACAGAAUUCUCUCUCCUGUUCAGCAGAAUUGUUCUAGCUCCCAAGAACGCAAACCAAAUGCGGAUUCACAGUUGGAGGAACCGAACAAAAUUGCUGGAGAUGACCAAAAACCUUGUCCUGAAGCAACUACUGAUUUCAAGGUGCCAACAAUGGAGUCGGGAUAUCGAACAGAUUCAUGCCCGCCUCGUUCCGAAGCUCCAUCUUCUCCCACCAAUGGAGCUGGAGAUGACUUGGAAAUGCAAGAAAAGCAGGAUGAUGCCUAUUCAAGUGCUGAUGGUUCAACCGAUGAAAGCACGGGGAAAUAGUCCGCUGGGGUCAAUAUUUUUAUGAUUAGAGAUAUGACAAACAAUGUUUCUGGCAAAAGUGCCUGAACUGGUUUUAGACUAAUUUGUUUCGGGGUUUUCCCGAGAUCAUUUGACUCGGGUAAUAACAAUUUGAGAGUUCUAGAA